ACACACUAACCAUUAGGCCACACCAUAGAGUCCACCAUUAAGACAAUGGCGCUCUGUCUCGGACAAGUCUUCAGCAAAGACAAAACGUUUAGGCCUCGGAAGCGCUUUGAGCCUGGGACACAGCGCUUUGAGCUGUACAAGAAGGCCCAGGCCUCUCUGAAGUCAGGCCUGGACCUGAGGAAAGUGGUCCAGCUUCCCGAAGGAGAGAACAUCAACGACUGGAUCGCUGUGCACGUGGUGGACUUCUUCAACCGGAUCAACCUGAUCUACGGCACGGUCAGCGAGUUCUGCACUGAGCGCACCUGCCCCAUCAUGUCGGGGGGCCUGCGCUACGAGUACCGGUGGCAGGACGGAGACGACUACAAGAAGCCCACCAAGCUGCCCGCCUUGAAAUACAUGAACCUUCUGAUGGACUGGAUAGAGACGAACAUCAACAACGAGAACAUCUUCCCCACGAGAGUAGGUGUUCCUUUCCCUAAGAACUUCCAGCAGGUGUGUAAGAAGAUCCUGAGCCGUCUCUUCCGGGUCUUUGUGCACGUCUACAUCCACCACUUUGACAGCAUCUGCAGCAUGGGCGCCGAGGCCCACAUCAAUACCUGCUACAAACACUACUACUAUUUCAUCUCUGAGUUCAGCCUCAUCGAGCACUCUGAACUGGAGCCCCUGAGAGCAAUGACAGAGAAGAUCUGUAACUAAACCACUUGGACAAUGGAGUGUACAUCAUGUCAAAAUUCCCCGGAGCCCUUCAAGAGACCCACUGCUUAAAUACCAUUGCAAACACUCCAACCAAAGGACAAAUGAGUGGAUUUUGAGUGGAUUUGAAGAACUUAAGUGUUAUCCAUCAAGCAUUAGAAUGUUUAUUCACAUUUUCAGCCAAUAUGGCUAUAUGUUUUAGGAAAAAAGGACUGUUCUGCUUCCUAGAUGUUGUGCUGUGACAUGCAGCAUUUCAGUAUUUUGUGUUUUAUUUGAAUAGCUAUUCUAGCUCUGUUUAUUUAAGCAUGAGUAUGUUUUUCUUGUGCAUAUGUUCUUGACAUCAUUAACUUCCAAAAUGUGUUUGCGGUUUCGAGGUGUUUGAGCCAUUUUGUGACGGACAGAAGGCGACGUCACAAGACCCCUCUCCAGUAUUUAGCAUUGUGUGACAAAUACGUGUCCAAUGUGUCCCAGCCAGAGGCAACAGAGUUAAGGACUUUGAAAAACAGACAUUUUGUGAGGUGUCUGGGUAAGUACAGGGUGACAACUGCAAGCAAUACUUGUGAAAUACUGACUUCAUUUUCAUCUACCAAAACGAGGGAUUCAACUGGGAUUACUCUGGGAGACUCAUCUGAUUGAGACGUGUGACUGAUUCAAUUGCCAAGUGUUAGGACAAGUUUAGUUCACCCACUACAAUUAGUGUUUUGUUGCAUGCCUUGUUAAUUAGCAUUUUAUUAUUAAGGACAUUUUUUAACUGUGAUCAAACUAAAUAUCAGACAUAGGAUAUUUUCAUUCAGAUGGUGACCAAUUAAAACCUGCCUCGUUGCUUUUGUAAAACCUUAAAGUAACUGUCCAGUGUUUCCAGAUUUCUAUGAAAUGAAUUACAAUAUGAGUGAAAUGGUUUUCCUUCCAAAAAAUGGUAAUUAAGUAUGUUAAAAAGCAGCUUUUCUGUGUUGCAGUGGUGUGGGCUUACCCCAACAAAAGAAUGGUGUGGGCGUAUACCGUUCAAGAAAAUCUUAACGCAAGUAAGAUUGGCCAGCUCAUUCUCCUCAGGAGAAUAACAUCAUCCUCUAUUUGGAAAUAGCAUGCAUUUUUGAAACAGUCUAUUUGAGAUACAAGUUUGAGGUGUUUUUUAAAUGUAUUUUCUUUAAUGCUUUGGCCACAAAUAAGA